UACUGACUGCUAAGCUAGAUCUUUCUACACACCACAGGAGUUUGACAGAACACAGUCAGAAAGAACAAUGAAGGUGUUUGUGAUACUCGCCCUGGCUGUAGUCACAGUCUGCCAAGCCAACCUGUUCUAUGCCGAUGAGCCCAAAACACAGCUGGAGCAAGUGACUGAUGCAUUCUGGGAUUAUGUAGGGCAGGCAACCCACACUACCGAAGACAUUCUGAAAAAGAUUAGAGAGUCUCAACUGGGACAGGAAGUCAAUGCUAGAAUUACCGAUGGUGCCAACAUGGCCAGUCAGUACGCAGUCACGCUCCAAAACCAAAUGAACCCCCUGACCCAGGACAUCAUUGCCAAAAUCACCCAGGAGGCUGAAGCCCUGAAGGAGCGUCUUGAGCAGGACCUGUCCACCGUGAAGGGCAAACUGGAGCCCUAUGCUGAGGAUCUCAAGACCCAAGUUCAGCAGAAAGUAGAGGAUCUGAGAGCAGCCGUGGCCCCCUACGCUGACUCCCUCGACUCUGAAGCCAUGAGGGCCACCGUGCUUCAGAAGACAGAAGAGCUCAGGGCAAGCCUGGAAGAGAAAGUGAAGGAACUGCAGUCCCAGCUUGAGCCCUACACCGAAGAGCUAAGGCAGAAGGUCGAUCAGCACCUGCAGGACUUCCAGAAGACCGUGGCCCCUCUAACUGACGAUCUCCAGGCCAAGGUUGCUGAGAGAGCUGCCAUGGUUCAGCAGAGUCUGGCUCCCUAUGCUGAGGAUCUGAAAGAGAAACUGGAUCCCUAUGCUCAGAACCUGAAGGACCAGCUCAUGUCCCUGUAUGAGUCCUACACCAAGACCAACUAAAUCUUCUAAAGGAAACUUUUUACACACUGGACUGUUACCAGUGAACUGAAAUGGCAAAUAUAAUUACAUCAACAAAGCACUGAAUAAAUGCAAGAAAAAGAAA